CAGCUACUUUAAAACAAGAAUUAUCAACAAUGACUGUACCUGAGGAAGAAUUAUUAUUGUUUGUUCAAAGUGAUACUGAAUCAGUUAGAGAAGUUGAGGAAGAACCACUUUAUGAAGAGUUGACUGCAUUGAGGUCUCAGUUUAAUGAGAUAAAAGAUAUGCCAGACAAAUCAUCAAAAAUGAAGAUUGAGUAUACGGGAUCACUUUCUAGUAAUACUGAUUCAGCUGCUAGCAGAGUAAUAAGAGGAAUGACUUUUGAAAUUGAUGACUACAAAUUUCAUCUUAAAGCAAUGACAAGUCCAGACUAUCAGCCAUUAGUACAUAAUAAAAGAAUAAUAGAGAAAUUACAAGAAAGGAUAGCAUUAAUGAAUAUGAAACUGAUUACUCUAACAAAAUGCAGAGAGAAGAUUAUAAAAGAUAUUAAAGAUCAUUUGAAAGAGAUUGAGGAGAAGAAACAGAGAGAAAAGGAACAAAAAUCUGGGAAAAAAAUGUGUUUAUUCUGGUUAUUUUGUAAUCAUCCUGUUACUGGUGAAUUAAAGAAGGCAUUCCUUAAUGUAAAUAAAAAUGAAUUACUACCCAGUGUACUGGAUAAAGCCUAUGAGUUAAUGAAAUUAGCCCCUCAUAUUCCUAUUGAGAGAUGCCGUUUAGUUGAAUACAGUGACUAUUUAAAAGUAAUGGGACGGUCUUUUGACCUUAAUAAGUUUCAAUAUCACACUAUUAGACAGCUUAUGGGUGAUGCUGGAGUUUCUUAUUAUUCUUCUGGAUUACUUUUAGAAACUCGUAAAGAAAAUGAAACCUUUAAGACUUACAAUGAUGGAGUAUAUCCCAAUGAGUUUGACCAGAAGUAUAGAAGCAGCUAUGGGAAAUUUGAGAAGGAUGUAGCCACACAUAAUAUUCAUAGCCAACCACUUGUUUUAUGCAUAGAAUAA